AUGUCGGGACCGCAUGCCUGGCGUUGUACCGGCGUGGUCCCGUGCGGGAACUGCAUCAAGAGCCGCAUCGAAUGCACGCUGGACCAUACUGCCGAUAAACGGCGCCGCGGCGCCCUCAAGCGGAAGAUCGACCAGCUGGAGGAGAAGGAGGAUCUCCUGAUCCGUCUGGUUGAGGUCCUGCGCGAGAGUGGCAACUCGCGUACCGGGCCCCUGGUCAACCUCAUCCGCAGUAACGCCUCCCUGGCGGAGAUCCGGUACUACCUGGACCAUGAGUUGCCGCAGUCGGAGCUGGCGCAGACUCCGGCCCUCGCUGAGGUGUUUAAUGAAGUCGAGCGGGUGCAGCAGUCCGAGUCGCGGUCCAUCCGCCGCAUUCUCGAUGCCAAGCGCUUGUCUGAUAUCCCGCGGUUUCAGGUCCCCGCGCGCCCGUGGACGACCGUCGUCGAGGAUAAUGACUUCAUCUCGCAUUUGGUGUCGCUGUGGUUUACGUGGUGCCAUCCGUUUUCGAACUGGAUUGAUCGGGACCGGUUUGUGAAGGAUAUGCAGGCGGGGUCGGUGGAUGCGCGGUAUUGCUCGCCUUUCCUGGUGAAUAUCAUUCUGGCAGAAGCCUGUUCGUACUCGGAUUACCCCGAAGCAUAUGCUGUUCCCGGCGACGUCUCCUCGAAAGGAACCCACUUCUAUAACGAAGCAAAGCGUCUUCUCGACAAGGAAGAAGGCCGCAUCACUCUGCCCACGGUGCAAGGGUUGGGAGUCUUAUGGGCCUGUGCCUACAUGACGGGACGAGACCGACAGGGAUGGAUCUAUCGCAGUCAGUUAGCGUAUGCCGUGCAGGAGCUGUCCCAAAAACACCCUGUCCUUGCAUCCAAAGCGGACGAAGAUACCCUUCGCAUGGUCCGGGUAAUCCAUGAUUCCACUUGGGGGGUUUUCAACAUCUCGACGAUCCAAGCUUUGUCCGAAAAAAAGACCCCGUUAAUCAAACCUCCCCAGCGCCAGUCUCUCCCACCAGUCACCCACGAGGCCGGAUUCGACGAUUGGGUGCCGUAUCCCACCCAGGCCGAAAGUCGGAAGGCGCACAUUGACUGCGUUUUCAACGCGCUGUGCUCGCUCAACGUUGUCGUCUAUGAUGUCGCACAAUACUUCUUCCAGAGCACCACCGAGCGUCCUCGAGCAGAACUCGAAAAAAGAGCCUCCGAAUUCCAUAGCCGACUCCGCGAAUGGACCGCCCGGCUCCCCUCCUGUCUCAAAGAAGAAGAGGCAAAUGUCCCUCAUGUUUUAUGUCUACAUAUGUACCACCACACCAUCCUAAUGACAGUAUACGACCCCUUGCGAACUCCCGUCACGAACACCAACACAACAGCAAUGGACAUCACCCCCUCCCACGCAAAAGAUAUCUGCUUCUCGUCCGCCCGCGGCAUCGCGCGGCUCAUUCGCAUCCACCAGAAAAACUGGGGCCUCGACCGCAUGCCUGUCCGCAACAUCCAGUGGGUCACAGCCGCGCUCUUCACGCUCCUUGGAGGCCUUGAGCAGCCCGACAACCGUGAGGCGUUCAUUAGCUUGUCGGUUUCGGCUAAGGCGCUCUCGCGUCGGUGGGGUAUGUGCAAAAAGCUCAUGCGAACCGUGGAAGCCGCCGCCAAUGACUCGAAAACCGGCUUGCCGACCGAAACAGACCCGCUCUUUGCCGAGCUCGAUACGAGUCAGCGGUCUAGCACUCAUGUUCCUGUUGAUGAGGCCUUAUUGGCGAGUCUGGAUGAUUCAACUUGA